AUGGUUCCUUUAGACGCACAGGCGGCGUAUCUAAGGCAACAAGACCCGAACAAAGAUUGGACAGCGACCCUGGCCGGAUUUAGCCUGACCGGAGGAAUGCCGGCGAUACCAAGCCCUACCCCAACUGCGACCACCGUGAACCCACCCAUCACCACCCCAAAUACCUCAAACCCCACAUCCGAAAAGACCUCCCCAACAACAACUGCACAGUCAGAACCCUCUAACCUUUCUCCCAAACACCAACAAACAGAGUCACUCGACGUUAGCCCACUUUCCGCCUAUCAAGAUCCCAACUGGGGAGAAACAGAGGAAAGGGAGAGGGAAGAGAAGGUAAGAGAAGACGAGAAGGAUAAAGCAGAGGAGACAACAGCCACUGAAACCAGAGCCGAAGAAGCAGAGAGGGAGGAGAUAGAUCUGAAUGAAAUGGCCAAGAAGCAAGGGCUAAUGACGGAUGAUAAGUUCCAAUCGGUUUUAGGCGGGGGAGAUAGGAUAGUGGUAAACCCUGAAGGGGUGGCUGAGGUACUAAACCUCGCAUCCCAGGCAGGAGGAAGAGAGGAAACAGCCAUGGGAGCAGAUGAGUCAGAGGGGGUAGUCCACCAGCCAGUGGAGGAAAUGAGAGAAGGACAAACCGAGGAAGCUAAAAAAACUGAAGAGGAGAGGCAGGAACCAGAGACACACCAGUCAGAGGAAAAGAAGGAAACAGAAGGAGAGGCCGAAAUGAAGGAGCAAAAAACGGAAGCCCCAAUCGUGUCUAAACCAAAGCAGUCAAGAUGA